AUGUCGAGACUGUCAAUACCUGAAGUCUUUGUCUCAGACAAUGGUACUCAAUUUUCAAGCUCCCAUUUCAAAGAAUUCGCUAAAGAGUGGGGUUUCGAGCACAGAACUUCAUCCCCCGGAUACCCCCAGUCGAACGGUCUUGCGGAAAAAGGCGUAGGUAUCGCCAAAAAACUAAUGCAAAAGGCUAAAGAUACAAACACAAACAUUAACAUUGCAUUACUAGAAUAUCGUAAUACACCUCUUGAAUGCGGAUAUUCUCCGAGUCAACUGUUAAUCGGCCGGAGAACUAAAUCCGUUGUGCCAGUUACAAAUAAAGCACUG